AUGGCAACCUCCGGAGAAGGCGGAAACCCCAGUGGCAGAGCGCCCCCUUGGCCCCUGGCACAGCUACAGGAGCUCGAGCCACGGGUGGCCCGCCGACGCCUGUCCCAGGCCCGCCACCGAGCCACGCUGGCCAGGCUGUUCAGCAGCCUCAGGAAAACAGUUUACUCCCAUUCCGAUCUCACAGCCUCGAAGUGGCAGGUUUUGAAUAAGGCGAAGAACCACAUCCAGGAGCUGGAACAAACCUUGGAUAAUCUGCUGAAGCUGAAAGAGUCCUUCAACCUGGAGGAUGGGAAUGCAAAUAGCUUAGAGGAGGUCAAGGCAGAAUACGCCAGUGUGUACUCUGGCAAUCCCAGCCUGGUCUCAAAUAAGGUUCUGCAGAAAGGUUCUGUCACCUGGUGCCCAAUCCAGGCAGUCGGGAAGGAUGCUGAAGUGGAGGAAGAGGAAGAAGAGGAGGAGGAAGACCAAGAAGAGGAGGAAGAGGAAGAAGAGGAGGAGGAAGAAGAGAAGAAAGUGGAGCUCUUACACUCCCCAGUCACCUUGCUGCCGGACCUCAUGGAAUUUGAACGGUAUCUCAACUUUUACAAGCAGACAAUGGACCUUCUGAUCGAGAGCGGGAUUGUCUCCUUACACGAGGUGACACUCCCCAUUGUCUCUGCUGCCAUCUCCCACCUGUGGCAGAACCUCUCUGAGGAGAGGAAGGCCAGUCUCCUGCAGGCCUGGGCACAGAGGCACAGCGACCUCCAGGGCCUUGGCGGGGCCUGUCAGGAGCCGGCCUGUGCCGACGGCAGCAUGAAGGACAGUGGGUUUGACAGCCAAGGAGCCAGCUGCUCGCUCGUCUCCACCCCGGAGGAGAUACUCUUUGAAGACGCCUUCGAUGUGGCCAGUUUCCUGGACAAAAAUGAGGCUCCCAGUACAUCCAGCUCUAGUUCGGUGUUUGCCGGCUGCAACCCAGAAUAUCCGGAGGAGAAGUUUCAGCUCUACAUGCAGAUCAUCGAUUUUUUUAAGGGCCUUUGCUGUAUUAACCCUCAGUUAAAACAGGAACCAGACCAGUCCAUUGACGAUGAGCUGGUAAUGCUGAGGUGCCUGGAGACCUUUGACGAUGAAGAUCUGUGA